CCCAUUUUAUUCCCAAUCGUUCUUGGAGCAUGAGUGGCGCAACAACAACGCUUCUGCUCCCAAUCUCUGCAGGUGCGGUGAAAAUGGUUUGUUUGGAGCAGCGCAGUCUUCUUGGCCCUUUCCUCCUUUUGGAGUACCUUAUACUCCUGGUCUCAGUAGCUCAUUGUCACCAAUUGCUGGUUUCUGGAUGUUUGUUCCCUUUAGUUCGACACGUAUCCCAGCCUUUGCCUCUGCUAGCACACCAGCUUUUGGUGCAACAGGCUUCGCGCCCUUUGCUAGAACGACAAGUCCUAUGUUCGGAAGCAGAGGAGAUGGGUCUUAUGGUGGAUCAUUUGGAGCUUCAAACACCCCGGCUUUUGGUUCAUCUAGCUCCACCAUCAGUACUUCAAGCAACCAAGCUUUUGGUGCUUCAAGUACUAUUGGUUUUGGUUCAUUUAGUAGUACACAACCUUUGAGCUCUUCACCAACUUCCGCAUUUACCCAAUCAAGUUUCAGAUUCAGUAGCAGCCCAUU